AUGAGUGCUAUCUUCCUGAUGUCCGUGCUUUUUGGUCUCACAUGUGGGCAAGUGACAUCUGUUUGUGUUCCAACUGAGUAUACGAUGUAUGUGGACAGGAGGGAGUGUGCUUACUGCUUAACCAUCAAUACUACCAUCUGUGCCGGGUACUGCAUGACUCGGGAUAUCAACGGGAAGCUGUUUCUUCCCAAGUAUGCGCUGUCCCAGGACGUUUGUACAUACAAAGACUUCAUCUACAGAACUGUAGAAAUACCUGGAUGUCCCCACCAAGUUGCUCCUUACUUCUCCUACCCAGUUGCUGUGAGCUGCAGAUGUGGCAGGUGUGACACUGACUACAGUGACUGUAUCCACGAGGCCUCCAGGACAAACUACUGCACCAAGCCUCAGAGCCCCUACCUGCUGGGACGGUCUGCCUGA